UUUUAAUCAAACAUAAAAGUAUAUAUAUACAAUAAUGAUUUAUUAAAUAAAUUUUUCACCAUUUUUUUACACGCGGUUCUACAAGAGACAACACUUUAAUAACAUGAAGAACUUUAUUAGUUUCAAAAUACAGGUGUCAAUUCUCAAUAAAGUACGACCAAGGGAACAGAGAGAGAAUCAGAGCCAUGUCCGCUCUAACUGCACUUAUUGAUUUCCAUUAUAAAGCUUUUGAUAGCUGACCGUAAUGGCCAAUUGAUAUUAUCGGACAGCAGACUCGUAGUUGAAGAAUAUACCAGACGGCGCGCGUAACAAUAUACACUUUUUUAUUUUUAGAAUAUGGAAAUAAGAUUUUAUGAAAGAGAAAAUAAUUUAAAUUGUGGCUGUGUGUGUGCGUGCGUGCGUGUGCGUGUGAAUGUGCGUGUGCGUUUGAAUGUGCGCGCGCGCGUGUGAUGUACAUAUAUGUACAUAUAUACAUUUUUUCUUUCAAUAAAAACUGAAAAUUAGUAUAUUUCGCAUAAUCAUUGAAUUUGUUUCACUUAAAAUCUUAGUCUCAUACGUUUCUGAAAGUAAAAUAAUACUAUAUAUAUGUCAAAUUUAAAACUGAGUGCCAAAAAGUCGCUACAGAAACCGACUCCCUAUCCCGUUAAUCUCAAUCCUUUCAUCCUAUAUUUGACUUUAUGCUCCAGAUAUUUAUACAUCAAUAAUUUUUGGUAACCUUUUAUAAUCAGGUGUUCUAUAUUACGUGCUUUUAAUCCAUAUAAUACAUAAAAAAACACUUUAAAACAGUUGAUAAAUUAUGACUCAACAAGUAAAAACAAAUUAAAAGUAAUCUAAUUCUUUCAGAUUUCUUUUUUUCAAUCUGCUAAGAUUGUAAUAAAAUUCUUAAAAAAAUACAUAAUCAGAAAUUUCUCAGAAUUUUACUACUAAUCGCUAUCUUUAAAUUUACACAACAAAUUACUGUUCUUAAUAUGUGUCAACUCUAUUUAAGGUAAUAAAAAUUUAUCUGCACUUUAUCAGUAGCAUGCUAUAUGCUACAUCGCAAUGGAAUAACGAUCAGAGCGUAAUAAAAUCAGUUCUUGUGAAAUCAUGUUGGAAAACUGUCGAUGGUUGUUAUACAUAUCGUGUUUUUGCGGUUGUCAUCCACAUAUAAUCGAUGAAUUAUCGAUAUUCAAAAAUUUUCAUUCACUGAUGAAAUUACUAUAUUCGCUGACCGCGUGCGGUGUCUAUUGCGUUGCAGGAUAUUACGCAUUUGGUUUCGCCACUCUCUGUGGAACUAUUAAUGUGGGAUGCAUUCUGCAACAAGUUAAUCGUUACACACGGACUUUCUAUAUGAUAUUGACAACAUUGCUGUCAUACUUGCGUCACAAAGAAUUCAAACGCACUUUAAUCAUAAUUCAUAAAUUCGACGAUUUAAUGCAACAUUAUCAUUGGUACACUAAUAACAAACAAAAGAAGCAUUACGUACAAUGGCUGGUUAUAUUAAUGAUCUUCAGCGCUUGGAUAUUAUUUGCCGCACUGGCAAUGUUUAUUGUUAAAAAAAUGAGCACAACAAACGAAAUACCCUAUUAUACAUUUGUAAUACAAUACGUAACACGAAUGACUUUCUCCAUAGAGAUUGCGAAAUUUUGCUUUUUCUACGAUGCAUUGUAUCGUAGAUUUCGUCGUCUUAACGAACUGUGUCAUGGAAUGAAUGGAAUGAUUAUUGACAUAAAUACAUCUAGACUAUCUGGCGAUCACAGUCUUACGAUGUUGAAUCUCCAGCGGUUACAUCGCUACCUCAUAAAUGCAACAAAUUAUCUUACUUCUUAUUAUAAUCCGCAGUUGUUUUGUUGGAUUGCAUGCAUGUUGAUAGACAUUAUGACUUUUGUCUUCGCAAAUUUUUACGGAAAUACUCAAUAUAAUAAUGUGCUGCUGGCUUGCAGUCGAUGUAUGAUGAUUCUUUAUUUAUCAUUUCAAGUUAUUGCUAUAAGUCGUAUCUGUCAUUUGACUUGCGAUCAGGCCAAUGCAUUGGCGAAUACAGUAUUUUCGGCAGAUAUUUCUACAUUUAAACGCACUCAAUUUUCAACAGAGACGAUCGAAUUGGGAGUGUUUCUAUGGGCGCAUCCAUUACGUAUCAAAGUUUGUGGCCUGUUUGAUCUAGAUAACCGGUUUACGUUCUCGGUAUUUGGCAUUAUACUGAUGUAUGUGGUUUUAGUUUCGUCUAUUUACUGAAAAUGAACCUGAAGAUGAUUGUAAGUAAACAAAUAUGUCGACGAAAAUUAAAGAUUAAAGAAACCAUUGUCUAUUCAAUUUUAAAACGUGAUAAAAAUAUGUCGUGAAUUUAAUAAAUUAUUUGAUAAAGUAGUUCUAUACUUAGUUAAUUAAACCUUUUAGAUCAGAACUUUUUUUUAACCCUUUCACGCCUCUGGUAGAAAAAUCAUAAUUUUUUCAAGAAAGUCCCGACUAUUAAUAAAAAAUUAAAAACGAUGUCAAUUAAUAAAUAUUUGUAAUAAUUGUUUAAAAAAUGAAUGAAGUUGUUAAAGAAAUUAGGAUUUUUGAAAAAAGUUGAAUUAGUUGAACCAACAACUUUCAAAUAAGUUUAGGCAAGUUAGUUUCUAGGGUUUUGGGGUCACUGAUUACAAACUGGCAUCAGAUUUUUGAAAUGUAAAAUGGUGGAUUUAAUAUAGCCAACUGUGAAGUGUAAAACUUUGAAAAUUUGAUACUUUUUAGGUAAAAAUAUAUUUAAUCAUAUGUUUUUGGGGUCGCUAAUUACUAAUCUAGUAUCAGAUUUGUAGAAUUAAAAAUAAGGGUGACAAAUAUAGCCGUCAGCAAAGGCGAUAAUUUUAUAGUCACUGCCAGAUAUUAUUGUAUCAAUAUCUUCGUCAAAUCUACAAUUUGAUUUUAUUUUCGUAAUAAGCAAGUAAAAAAAACCCACAUAGUCAUGCUUAUAUCAUUUGUACUAGGUCAUUUUCCGAAGGCGUGAAAGGAUUAAAUGAGGCACGUACAUUAUUCAAUUAUUUUUAGGAUUUAAGGUACCAUUGAAUAAAAAUAGAAUCAAAACGUAAUAAUUCAAAAUAAUGAUCCAAUAUAGCAAGUACAAAAAAUAAAAUAUUCAGAAAUAUAGAUGAGAAGAUGGCAAUAUGGUUAUCCAAUAAGAUAGCUCUUGUUUGGAUUAUUUUCGAAUUUUGAUGAGUACGUCCUCUAGAUUGGUUCCAAAUAAUUAAAAAAAAA